CUUCGGCUCCUUCCUGGCUGUUUGGCUUCGCUCCUUCGACAACUUUCCCUUCCGGUCGGAUCGGAAGUUACGAAAUUUUGAUCGGAAGCAACAACUGGAGCUCGCUGGCUGUGAAUGUAACUUUCUCCCUUUUGCGCGCUUCUUCGGCCAAAUCCCAUAAAUCCGCCAAACCAAGGGAUUUGGUAAAUCCGGAAUUUAAUCCUUAAAUCCUCAAAUCCGGGAUUUAUCCAUCACCGGGAUUUAACGCGCGCACAAUAACCGUUUGGCUAGAUUUAGCUUGAAUCCGACUUAAAUCCCGCUGUACAUCCGAUACCAAACAGCCCCUAAUGCGGUUCUCACUACGCACUUCACAUACGCGAAUAGAAACCGUAGUCUUAACCGUUCGUAGUCGGCUUUCUCCCUUACGAGCCGAACUCUCGUCUCUGUGCGCUGCAUCGCGCUUGAAAGUCCCAAACCAUCUCUUUUUCCUCUACUCAGCUCCUGAAGGACCGAAGGCCCAACAUCUCAAAAUACGAAACCCUCGGCGGAAAAAUUCGCAAUCGGGGCAAGGAGGCGUGAAAGAAGAAGAAGAAGCGUAAUUCAUGCUCCUUUAUUAAGUCGCUCAGUUCAUUUUGAGAUGGGAUUGGAACUACCUUUUUUAAAAAAAGUUGAGUGACUUUCAAAUACGCUGCAAAUGGGGCCCAUGUGGCUAGAGCCAAACAAAUAUGCAGUGACGCAAGGGAUGAUGUUAUUCUUUGCAGGUAAUUAAAUGGAUCAUGAGGGUUUGCUUAAAGAUUUGACCGAUAAGACUGUUGAUACUAUUUUUGCAGACUUUAUGGCAAGAAUAUGCAAAGAUACGCUAAAUUGGCAUGAUCAUUCAUGAUGAAGGGCUGUGUUGUUUUCUUGUCAAGAUGAAGGGUCAGGAUGCCCCCAUGAUAAGUUUUCGGUUCCUUUUAUUGGUAAAAUAGAUAUUUCUUUUGUCGUCACAUAUUUAUAAAAGAGAAUAAGAACGAGAACAUCCGUGCCUGGAAAUGAGCAUGCAAAUGUGUAAGUUUUUCAUGCAUUAAUGUCUCAGAACAUGGAUAUAGAUACAUACAUAUUUAGGAAUAUACCUAUGACUAUGUUGUAUAUAUGAAGAAAUUUAGGAUAAUGGACUCUUGAGAGCAAAAGUACAGUGCAACAGUGCACACACAAGGAGUGCAUGCACCUGCGCAGAAAGACUAAACCAUGAAUAAAGAUUGACUGACACAAAAGCUUACAAACGCAGAAAUUUCCAUAUGCUUAUGCAAACAAAUUGGCAUCCAAAUUUAAAUUUAUCCAUGAAAGAAUUUUUAAUGCAGGAAGGAAUCCAUGAGUCUAUAUGCACAUUCAAAUUACUUUGAUGCAUUGGUUGAUUGUAGAAAGAAGCGCAUGCUUGUGCGUACCGUGCUUUCUUUGUUUCAAUUUUCACAAUUAUGUGCAAAGCUUGAGGAGCUUGCUGAUGCAGGGGAAGGGUUCCUUAGAGGAUUCUAUAGAGAACUAGAGAUAUGCAGGAGGGCUCCACUUUGCAAAACAUCGAGUGUGGUUGGUGAAGUUAUCAAUUCUAAUUACACAGACAAACUGAAGGAAUAUGUUGAAGCUGGUUUUAACAAUCGUGAAAAUGUUGUUAAAAAUAUUAGUAAAUUGAAUUCUUGCAAACUAAGGCUUGAAGACUAUUUAAUCAAAGCAAAAGCUGUCCUUGAUGAACUUGAAAGCCUCAAGCACAAUGCAAUUGAUAUAAUAAAGCAUGCUAUAGAUGAUCAUUCUUCAGAUCGUGUAUUUAACUUCCUUGACGAUAACAUAACACAACAAUCUCAGUCGGUUCGAGAGGAUGUACAAGAAUCUUUGCUUCUUGAUGGGUCAAUGUCACGUUCAACUUUAAUGACUAUCAUCUACGGAAUGCUGAAGCUUGAAUUUUCGAUGCAGGAGAAAAUUAUACGGUCUCUCAACCUGAAGACAUCUUCAUCAUUGUUUGAAAGUUAUUGCCUGUUCUGGGAAUUGCGCCCUAAUAUAGAUGACAAUGUGAUGCAUCAAGCCUGGAAAUAUGUCUCGGGAUAGAAGAGUUGAGGCAAGUUAUCUUCCAAGUAUUUGAUGGCUAUGUGGCUCUCCUUCGACAUGUAAGAAAUUUUUCGUGUUUUAAGUUUUAUGUGUCACGAAUUAUAUCUAUGUUCAUUUUCAUGUAUAGUUCUUUCUCUUCUUUCUUUUUCCAUUUUCAUGUAUUAUGUAAUUAUAUAUACUUUUAUAUUCAAAACUCAAUUAUAAGAGGCUAUUUUUUAGAAUAUUUUAAGUA